UUUCUAACUCUUGGGAAGAGAGGGCGGGGUGUUGUUCCCUUUCGCUGAUGCAAGAACCCAGUGCGGUGGUGGGAGAGGUGUCGGCAAGGAGCAACGCUGAAUCCUGUGCCUGGAGCUGACCUGUCAGACUUUCUGUCCGUGCCGAGCCCACUCGAGCCGCAGCCAUGUCCGGGGACGAGAUGAUUUUUGAUCCUACUAUGAGCAAGAAGAAAAAGAAGAAGAAGAAGCCGUUUAUGUUAGAUGAGGAAGGGGAUGCUCAGACAGAAGAAACCCAGCCCUCAGAAACAAAAGAAGUUGAGCCAGAGCCAACUGAGGAGAAAGAUGUAGAAGCCGAUGAAGAGGACAGUAGGAAAAAAGAUGCUUCUGAUGAUCUAGAUGACUUGAACUUCUUUAAUCAGAAGAAAAAGAAGAAAAAAACAAAAAAGAUAUUUGAUAUUGAUGAAGCUGAAGAAGGUGUAAAGGACCUUAAGAUUGAAAGUGAUAUUCAAGAACCAGCUGAACCAGAGGAUGACCUUGACAUUAUGCUUGGCAAUAAAAAGAAGAAAAAGAAGAAUGUCAAGUUCCCAGAUGAGGAUGAAAUACUAGAGAAAGAUGAAGCUUUAGAAGAUGAAGACAGCAAAAAAGAUGAUGGUAUCUCAUUCAGUAACCAGACAGGCCCUGCUUGGGCAGGUUCAGAAAGAGACUACACAUAUGAGGAGCUACUGAAUCGAGUGUUCAACAUCAUGAGGGAAAAGAAUCCAGAUAUGGUUGCUGGAGAGAAAAGGAAAUUUGUCAUGAAACCUCCACAGGUCGUCCGAGUAGGAACCAAGAAAACUUCUUUUGUCAACUUUACAGAUAUCUGUAAAUUAUUACAUCGUCAGCCCAAACAUCUCCUUGCAUUUUUAUUGGCUGAAUUGGGUACAAGUGGUUCUAUAGAUGGUAAUAACCAACUUGUAAUUAAAGGAAGAUUCCAACAGAAACAGAUAGAAAAUGUUUUGAGAAGAUAUAUCAAGGAAUAUGUCACCUGUCACACGUGCCGAUCACCGGACACAAUCCUGCAAAAGGACACCCGACUCUAUUUCUUACAGUGUGAAACUUGUCAUUCUCGAUGCUCUGUUGCCAGCAUCAAAACUGGCUUCCAGGCUGUCACAGGCAAGCGAGCACAGCUCCGUGCCAAAGCUAACUAAUUUGCUAAUCACCACUGAUUUUGCAAAGUGUGUUGUGGAGAUUUGGCUGGACAGGUUUACCAUCAGAGUGGAUAUACCACUGUACUAAAGACAAGAUAGAAAAGCUGCCAAGUUCUUUGGCAUGUGGCCGGUUGGUCUGAAAUUCUUGCAAGAUGCCGUUGCUCAAGCUGUUGACAUACUCAUUGCCUACUUUAACAACUAUCAGAGAAAUACGAUGGGGUAAGGCGGUGCUUUUUUAAAAUCGUUCAUAGACUUCUGUAAAAUGCAAGAUAAAUUAAAGUUAUUACUAACAGUGAUUCUUUCAA